UGUGAUCUGAUGUAUAUGCUAUGGUUUAUCUUUCUUUAUAAUUGCACCAAUUUUUUUGGCAAUUCUAUUUGUAAAUAUAUGCUCUCAACAUCCCACGAGCCUCUCAACUCAAACAAUAUAUCCUUAUCUCUCUCGCCAUUUCUUCAAUUAUUUCCCCUCCUCUCUUCAUAUAUUCUCCUCUCUUUAAUCCCCAUCACCAAACAAAACUAGUUCCAAUUUGAUUCAAGAAUAAUAAUAUCAUGGCUCUUGAAACUUGGCUUUUUAAAGUCAAAUCUGCUAUAUCACACAGUUUUGAUUCAGUCAUAACCACUAAUCCAAUACCAAAAUCAUCCAAGAAAUCGACUGUCAUCGGAGUCUUAGCCUUUGAGGUGGCCGGUCUCAUGUCUAAGCUGUUUCACUUAUGGCCGUCUCUUUCGGACAAGAACAUAGUUAAGCUUCGAAAUGAAUCUAUUUCCAUCGAAGGUGUUCGGAAGAUUGUGUCGAAUGAUGAAUCGUUCCUUCUUGGUCUUGCAUGCGCAGAAAUGGCUGAGAAUCUUCGGAUUCUUGCUAAAUCUGUAUCGAGAUUGAGCAAGAGAUGUAGUGACGGGAAUCUUCGUCGUUUCGAGCGGUUAUUCGACGAGUUUGCGAACUCAGGACAUGAUCCGAAUUGUUGGGUGUUGAGUUGCAAAGAAAUGGAAGCCAAGAACAAGAAAAUGGACAGAUAUGUAACGGUGACGGCAACUCUGUAUAAAGAAAUAGAGGAGCUAACGACGUUAGAGAACGGAUUGAGAAAAAUCUUGCAGUGUAAUGAUCACGAACAGUCAACAAAAAAUGAACAGAAGAUUAUGGAUCUUCAACAGAAAAUAUUCUGGCAGAGACAAGAAAUAAAGUACUUAAAAGAAAGAUCCAUUUGGAAUAGAUCCUUUGACGGCGUCGUUUCAAUGCUGGUGAGGUCUGUGUUUACCAUAUUAGCAAGAAUCAAGCUUGUUUUCGGGGUCGGACAUGGUUAUGGAUACCCAGCUUCAUUGCCACGUAGCCUCUCAGCUUCUGCAACUGUUCAUCCAACUGAAAACCCUAAUAAUUUCGUGUCAGGUCCAUUAAUGAGUAGCAGUGCUACUACGAAACUUGAUCAUCAAGGCUUCUUUGAAUCAAAUUCGAAGCUUCUAAAGCCGCCAGAGACUACGCUUGGUGCUUCAGCUUUAGCUCUGCACUACGCUAAUUUGAUAAUAGUCAUGGAGAAAAUGAUCAAAUCGCCACAGCUCGUCGGGGUGGACGCUCGGGACGAUCUUUACUCUAUGCUACCGAAUAGCAUACGGUGUUUUUUACGGUCUAGAUUGAAAGGAGUCGGAUUUUCCGCCAGUGAUCCCCUUCUCGCCGGAGAAUGGAGAGACGCGUUAGGGAGGAUUCUCGGGUGGUUGUCACCUUUGGCACAUAAUAUGAUCAAAUGGCAAAGUGAACGGAGCUUUGAACAGCAAAAUAUGGUUGCGAAAACUAAUGUUCUUCUAUUGCAGACAUUAUUUUUUGCUAAUAAGGACAAGACUGAAGCUGCAAUAACAGAACUUUUAGUUGGUUUGAAUUAUAUUUGGAGAUUUGAAAGAGAAAUGACUGCUAAAGCCUUGUUUGAAUGUGCCAACUUCAAUGGAGUACUGAUGAACAAUUCUCAGAAGUCCAGCUAGGAAGAUGGUGUUCUUAGUUUUUUAUUUUUUUUCACAAAUUUUCUUGAUUUUAAUUCUGUUUUCUUAAUGUUUGAUCUUUAGAUUGAACUGGAUUACAGAUCUUUGAGGGUUUGUUAAUUUAGUGUCUGACCCUGAUCUGUAUAUCAGCAAUUAUAGGUGUAUGUAUGUACAUGAUAUGUGAGUAUAAUUAAUCUACCAUGGUUCUUGGA